AUGUCACAAACUAACACCCCAACUUUACAACUGAGAGAAGACGGACAAUAUCACAACGUAACAUACGAAUUGACGUUGCCAUUGGUUUGCGGUCAAAGUAAAGACGUCUGCAGUCUGAAGUUCGGGCUGAGAACUUUAGAAUCUUUCCACAAACAUGGUGACAGUGUUGGAUCAGAUAUAUUCCUUUCAUCGUGUGUAAUCGAAUUUUCUGCGGAGCUCUGUCGUUUGGGAUCUUGCAAGCAGACGAUCCAAGUGACGGCGGGAAAUGACGGAUUUGAUGACGACGGGAGAGAAACGGAAAUACACCUUGACUUACUGGAAGCCAAUAAUCUCCAAUGGAAAGGAUAUGAGACGCCAAGAGUGAAGGUGACAGUAAAAGAUGUUCCUACAGCCAGGUGCUAUGUCUUCGGAGAUCCCCACGUGAUUACAUUCGACGGGAGGCAGUUUGACCUGUAUAAGACUGGAACUUUCGUCCUGUAUCAGAGCAAGAGAAGGCAGUUUGAGGUAGACGUGCGAGCGUGGGCGUGUAGUGAGACACCCAACAGGGCAGCGUGCGCGUGCGGCGUAGUGGCUCGUGAGGGACAGGACACUGUCGCAGUGGACAUGUGUAACACCGUGCCUGGGAGCUCUGGUCAACCCGACAUUGACGUCAAAAGCGGAACGCUCAGCAGGAACACUAAAAUAUUCAAAGCCAGAGAUGGAAAGAUUGUUACGGUUGCUUUUGGGUCUGGCUCUUUCGUCCGCAUAUUCAUAGAGAAGUGGGGCCUGUCCCUCGUGGUGCAAGCUCCCAGUGAAGACUGGAACUCCACCAUGGGGUUAUGCGGAACAUUUGACGGCGAUACCAGGAACGAUUUUCACGACAGAACUGAGCAGGUUUUGGAGACCGGAAGUGAGCAAGAGAAGGCGUAUGAGUUUUUGGAACGAUGGAGAUUACUGCCAGGAGAGAGCUUAUUUGAUUAUCAGGAAUACAAACAACAGACAGUGUCUACCAAAUCUGAGCGUACGUUCUGUGAUUGCUCCAAUUCACGUAAGCAAUCUAAUUUAAAUGUAAAAGAAAACAUAUUAAUUUCAAAGACAAAUUGCAAGAGUAAAGAGUGGGCUCAGUUACCAUUCAUCAUGUACCAGAAAGAUGUGACGGGAGAGUACAACAACAGCAAUGCGUAUGUCUCCGCCAGGAGAACGCGUUCGGCAGAGCUGGAUGCUUAUGAAAGGUUCCGUGCAUAUGUAGCGGCAAGAAGGGCAGCACAAUUAAGUAAGAAGGAUGAUAGUGAAUUCAAAAGUGUUCCCACGUUGAGUACUACCAAAAUUCCUCAGGUACAAAGUGUGCAGGAAGCAACAACAUCCUCAACUGACCUAUAUAAACAGGCUCCGUCAUCAGGAGCGAGACUGACAGGAACAACAACUUCCACAAAAAUAUUAACAACGUCAUCUAAACCAUCUCUAGUAACAUCAACCCCAUUGCCAUUGCUUCAAUCAACAACAGUCCAGAUGGAACUGACUACAAGUCGCCGUGUUCCAAGUAGAAUUGUUGGCUUCACUUCACCCUCAGCACGUUCCAGACAUGGCUAUUUAAGAAAUAAAUGGGUUGCUUUUGGGUCUGGUUCUUUCGUCCGCAUAUUCAUAGAGAAGUGGGGCCUGUCCCUCGUGGUGCAAGCUCCCAGUGAAGACUGGAACUCCACCAUGGGGUUAUGCGGAACAUUUGACGGCGAUACCAGGAACGAUUUUCACGACAGAACUGAGCAGGUUUUGGUGACCGGAAGUGAGCAAGAGAAGGCGUAUGAGUUUUUGGAACGAUGGAGAUUACUGCCAGGAGAGAGCUUAUUUGAUUAUCAGGAAUACAAACAACAGACAGUGUCUACCAAAUCUGAGCGUACGUUCUGUGAUUGCUCCAAUUCACGUAAGCAAUCUAAUUUAAAUGUAAAAGAAAACAUAUUAAUUUCAAAGACAAAUUGCAAGAGUAAAGAGUGGGCUCAGUUACCAUUCAUCAUGUACCAGAAAGAUGUGACGGCAGAGUACAACAACAGCAAUGCGUAUGUCUCCGCCAGGAGAACGCGUUCGGCAGAGCUGGAUGCUUAUGAAAGGUUCCGUGCAUAUGUAGCGGCAAGAAGGGCAGCACAAUUAAGUAAGAAGGAUGAUAGUGAAUUCAAAAGUGUUCCCACGUUGAGUACUACCAAAAUUCCUCAGGUACAAAGUGUGCAGGAAGCAACAACAUCCUCAACUGACCUAUAUAAACAGGCUCCGUCAUCAGGAGCGAGACUGACAGGAACAACAACUUCCACAAAAAUAUUAACAACGUCAUCUAAACCAUCUCUAGUAACAUCAACCCCAUUGCCAUUGCUUCAAUCAACAACAGUCCAGAUGGAACUGACUACAAGUCGCCGUGUUCCAAGUAGAAUUGUUGGCUUCACUUCACCCUCAGCACGUUCCAGACAUGGCUAUUUAAGAAAUAAAUGGGUAAAUCGGGCACGAGUCUACAAUAUACGAUAUCCGGUUGAACGCACCACUAUUUUGCCGACAACCAGGGAACAAAACGUGAAAUCACGUACCAAAGAAAAUAAGCACCCAAAUAUAAAGAGUUUAUCCACCGAUACGAACUCCGAGUAUCAAAAAAUUCGAAAUCGCUGGCGACACUUACACGAACCCGUCUUCAAAAGACUUCGCCCUGAGACAAUAGAACGACUAGAAAGCAGGUUAAGUGAGUUUAGCGAUAAGUCGUCUUAUUUCUUCGCGGGAGAUUUCUUGGAUUUGGACACCCCACCAUUAGAUUUGAAAUGGCCAACUGCGAGCGGUAUCACCCACAAUAGGGCUAUAUUUAAAUGUUCUCAGGUCAUUCUAAACACCUCAAUUGCCAAAUUUUGCGGAGAAUAUCUCCAAGAGAAAAUCCGUGAUACAAUUGACAACUGCGUGAAAGAUAUUCAAGUGAAGGAAGACUACAAAUGGACUGUAUAUUCCAUACCUUUGGUGGAGGCGCUGUGUGAAGAGGCAGUAUGGAAGAGACGCCUCCAACUUUCUAAAAGUAUUGGUUUUCCACCACCAAAAGUUCUUAGCGCUCUAAACUGCCCCCGUGGUUGCAGUGGUCGUGGGACUUGCGGAGACACGGGAUGCCAGUGCGUGAAGGGGUUCCAGGGUGCUGACUGCACAGCUGUGGCAGACCGAAUGCACAUGACCUUACGGACGUUUAAUGGCGGACUCUGUGAUACACGCGCGUCCAGUUGUUCGACGAUCCAGCUUAUGUCGGAUGAACCCAUUUCAGAAGAAGGUGUUAAAUGCUCUAUGGACUCAGUAAUGUUGGUGUCCCAUGAAGGUGUAGAACUAAGUACACCAAGUGAAACCAUUGUGUUCGAUUCUGUGUGCUGGGACUGCAGUGGUUUCUCCAAGACGUGCGUCAAAAAGAACAACACUUGUAAUAUAGAUGGCGUAUGUUUCGCAGCGGGCUCCUACCAUCCAGCCGAUAGGUGUCAGCAGUGUCAACCAUCUUUGUCAACGACAACCUGGUCAUUGAUCAGCGUAAAUGAGCCACCAUUCUCCACUAGACCACGAAAAAAGUUUUCGGCGAUUGCUGGCGAGCAAUUCAACUACCAAAUCGUUGCCGCGGACCCCGAGGGCUCCCAGCUGACAUUCUUCAGCCCAUAUCGGGACUUGGUUGUGACGUCAGAGGGCAAGCAUUGCCAGACACGACUAAACGCGUGCAGCUCAUCCCCAUGCGUUCGGGGCAGAUGUAUAGCUACUGCAGACGGGUAUGGAUGUAUUUGUAGGAAUGGAUUUACAGGUCGACUUUGUGACAAGGAGAUAGAUAUUUGCCAUCCCAACCCUUGUUACCCUGGGGUGAAGUGCACCGCAGCCAGGGGGUGGUAUGUGUGUGGGCCCUGUCCUGAAGGGACUGUCGGGAACGGGCGUCAUUGCACAGUUGCACCUGGGUGUGCAGCCAGGCCGUGUUUUCCUGGUGUCACGUGUCGUGACGUGAACACAACACGUGGUCAAUUUGAAUGUGGACCGUGUCCCUAUGGUUACCACGGCAAUGGAAUCACGUGUGACCCACCUCCUCGUGACAGCACACAGCCAGCUGAAGAGAAGCCUGUCUGUCGAUCCUGCCCCGGUAACAGACAGUGCAAUGAAGACGGCAGCUGCCAGUGCACGCCGGGAUACACGGGAUCAAGAUGCCAUAUUGCCCGCUGCAAUCCCAGUUGCCUUAACCGUGGUUUCUGCGUUCGUCCCAAUGUUUGCCAAUGUAAGCCCGGGUACAGAGGAGAACGCUGUGAGGAAGCCAUAUGUGAAAGACCAUGUGGACAUAAUGGCCGCUGUAUUGCACCCAAUUUGUGCUCAUGUCCUUAUGGAUAUGUGGGACCACAGUGUGAAAAAAUGAUUUGCAAGAUUCCGUGUCACAACGGCGCCUUGUGUAUCCACCCAAAUAGAUGUCUCUGUCGUAGCGGAUACACAGGACGCUCCUGCCUGACACCAGUCUGUGACCCCGGAUGUCAGAACGGAGGCGUAUGUGUCCGACCAAACGUCUGCUCCUGUCCCCAUAUGUAUUUUGGGGAACGUUGCGAAAGGGCGCACUGCGCCCCGUCUUGUCUCAAUGGUGGACGCUGUCUAAGACGUAACCAAUGCGCAUGCACCCCAGGAUGGGCGGGGUCACGGUGCCAAAUUCCACUAUGUGAGCCGCGCUGCCUGCACGGGGGACGCUGUGUUUAUGCUAACAUGUGUUCGUGUCCAACCGGAUGGGAGGGACCCGGUUGUAAACAAGGCAAGUUUAAUCGUGAAUUAAGGAAUUUUAUGGUCCUUAUUUUUCAAUGGUUUUUAAACUACACAUGUUGA